GUUCACGAGAAAAAAAUGGAGAGAGAGAGAAAGUAGAAGCAGAAGCUUGCCAUGGCUGCUUUCCUUUCUCUCGGGACCAAAUUUCCCUCUCUUCCAAAUCGUGCAGUAUUCUGCGCCUCAAUCAGCUAACCGAAUCACUCGAACGGAGUGUAUCGCCGGCCGGCAGUCGUUGCUGAUCGCUGCUUGCAGUUUCCGAAGUGAAAUUGUGACUUCUCAUUUUUUCUCUUCUCUGUUUUCGUUUCUUCUGCGGACUGGUCGGAUUCUUGGAUCCUGUAUGUGCUUGUGUGUGGGAGUUACCGAUGGGAGACACGGAGAGCUGCAGCAGCAGAGCUGUUGAUUUCGUGCCGGCGGUGAGCCGGAACCAGAGGCAGAAGGUCGCGGUCUACAAUGAAGUCCUCCGCCGGCUUAGGGACUCCAAUGACGAGGAAUCUGGCCUUCAAGGCUUCGACGAUGAGCUCUGGAAUCACUUCCUCUGUCUUCCCACUAGAUACGCGCUGGAAGUGAACGCAGAGAGGGCGCAGGACGUGCUUAUGCACAAGAGAUUACUGCAGAUGGCUCAUAAUCCGGCUACUAGACCGGCGAUUGAAGUCCGGCUAGUGCAGGUUUAUUCUGCAUCCCGUGGAAAUUCAGGUGACUCUACUCAUUCUGACUUUCCCAAGAAAAAGCAACCUCAAUCUUCUGACCAACCCUUGAAGCAGAGCCUCCAUCCACCACCUGCAUUCGGUUCAUUUCCGGAUUUAGAACUUGCAUAUGAAGCUCAAGAUAAGGAUAUUGGCCGUGUGAUUUACUCUCGGCUUAUGCAUGAAAUCACAAUUUCCACGAAUGAUAAGCCAAAGCUUCUGAGUCAGCUAACUUCCUUACUCUCUGAGCUUGACCUAAAUAUACAAGAAGCACAUGCUUUUUCCACAACAGAUGGGUACUCAUUAGAUGUGUUUGUUGUUGACAAUUGGAGCGCUGAGGAGACAGAUAAACUAAGAGUGGUGCUGGAAAAUGAAAUUCCUAAGAUUGAGCAAGACCAAACAGGAACGAAUCCCAGAUCUUCUGAUAUGAGCAUCCCAACUGUGCCAAUUGAUGUUUGGGAAAUUGAUGCAAGAUUGCUGAAGUAUGAAUACAAAGUUGCAUCUGGACCCUAUGGAGACAUGUAUAAAGGCACCUUCUGUACUCAAGAUGUGGCUAUCAAACAUUUCAGGGCAGAGCACCUAUGUGAUAAGCUUCGAAAGGAAUUUACUCAAGAAAUCUUUAUUAUGAGGAAAGUCCGGCACAAGAAUGUUGUUCAGUUCAUUGGUGCAUGUACCAGGCCUCCAAACCUAUGUAUUGUGACAGAAUUUAUGUCUGGUGGAAGCAUGUAUGACCAUCUGCAUAAAAGAAAGGAAUGUUUUAAUCUUCAGUCCUUACUCAGAGUAGCAGUUGAUGUAUCCAGGGGAAUGAGCUACUUGCACAGAAAUAACAUAAUCCACAGAGACCUGAAAGCUGCCAAUCUUCUAAUGGAUGAAAACGGAGUUGUAAAGGUUGCUGAUUUCGGUGUUGCCAGAGUGCAAGAUCGUUCAGGAGUAAUGACUGCAGAAACUGGAACGUACCGUUGGAUGGCUCCAGAGGUUAUUGAACACAAGCCAUACAAUCAAAAAGCUGAUGUUUUCAGCUUCAGUAUUGUGCUAUGGGAACUUCUCACAGGAAAGAUUCCUUAUGACAACUUGACCCCAGUACAAGCUGCAGUUGGUGUAGUACAGCAGGGGCUGAGACCAUCCAUCCCAAAGAACACCCAUCCUAAAUUGGCAGAACUUCUUGAGAGAUGCUGGGACAGAGACCCUUGUUCGAGGCCUGAAUUCUCUGAAAUUUUGGAACUUCUACAGAACUUACAGAGGAUGGUCUCGGAGGAAGGAGAAGACAGGGCAAAACACAAGGUAUCUAGGAAAGUAGUGGCUGCAACAGGCUGAGAACAGGAGUUUGAGGUUGCAAGAAGUGAGGAACAUUGUACAUAACGUUUGUAGUAGUUAAAUUUCACACUUGAGUAACAAUUGGUUUCUUUGUUUACUAUUUUUGUUUGUUCUAAGUUUUUUCCCCCCUCCUAAGUUAGUACCCAGUUUUCUCUAAUGACUAGUUCUGCUGAUGUUCAACUGUUGUUUAGCUUAUGAGAGUGGUAUGAACGAUCUUGAGCUGGAAAUCAUUGUAGGCUUCCUAACUCCGUGUAUUCAGAGUAAAUAUACAGCUCAAAGUUGACAAGAGCAUGAACUUAACUGUUCGUUUUUGGUUUGGUAACAUUUUCACUUGCAUCUCAAGACUCAGGUCCCCUGCAACUGCAAGCACUUCUCGAGGCAUGAUGAUGAGGCUGGAAGCUGUAGCAGAUGGAUUAUACACCGUAAAAAGAAACCAUUAAGCAUCCACUCAAGAGCAUUCCCUCCAAUGGAGACAUUGAGAAAGUCCUUGAAAUCUUGCUGUUCUCAUGCCAAACGGCAGCAACAGCAUGAAGCCCUCUUGGAUCACAGUGGUGGCCAGGAAGCGCAGUCGGUGGUUGAUAUUCAUACUUCCACUCCCUGCACAGAAACAACGGGGGUUACUGCUGAUGCUUCCAACCCUAGCAAACCAGCAAAGCAGAAGGCAUCCUUCGCCAAAAUCGCGGAGGAAGCCAUGUGGCGCAUACCAGAUAAAGACGGCCAACCAUCUCACAACGAUCAAUCCUUUCGUCGUAACCCAUGGAGGUCACUCAUGAUUAGAACGAAGUCCAGACUAAUUGAAGACGAAGACGACAGAACAAUGAACUCCGACGAUAUUGAAUCUCUAGAAGAAGACUGUGGCAAAGAAGAAGAAGAAGAAGAAGAAGACAAGGAUGACCAUGAAGAUGUCUCAAACAACAACCACCUGGAAACCAGUACUUUCGCAAUGCUUGUGUGGCAGCUGCCUCUCAUAUUAGCUCUCUUAGCCUUAGCUUCCACGCUCAGCAUACCUUCCAUGAGAAACCAAACUCUUUGUGAUCUUCCCUUAUGGAAAUGGGAGGUCAUGGCUCUGGUAAUCCUGGGGGGAAAUUGGGUCUCCGGUUGGUUGAUCAAGCUCAUUGUGAUCCUCAUCGAGCAGAACUUCCUACUCCAGAAGCGAGUUCUCUACUUUGUUUACGGAUUAAAGAAAGCUGUUCAACACUCUAUCUGGUUAGGCUCAACUUUACUCAUUUGGCACUUCAUCAUCUUCGACGACAAGAUUGAGAAGCAGACUCACAGCAAAAUCUUGCCUUAUGGAACAAAGAUUUUAACUUGCCUUUUGGUUGGAACUUUGAUCUGGCUGGGUAAGACCCUCUUCGUCAAAGUCCUCGCCUCUUCCUUCCACGAGAACACGUUCUUUGAGCGAAUCCAAGAGGCGUUGUUCAAUCAGUUCGUGAUCGACACACUCUCUGGUCCGCCUGCUUUUGAAGGAAAUGAAAUGAGGUAUGGGAGGAAACUGGAGAAGUACUCCACCAUUGGGAACAGGUCGAGGUUUUCGAGAAGGAACGAGGAGAUUCCCAUCGAUGAGCAGCAGAAUCUGAGCAAGAAAAACAUGUCGGGCUGGACCAUGAGGAGAAUGAUCAAUAUUGUUCGGCGAGGUUCGUUGUCUACUCUGGAUGAGCACGUGCUUGAUUCGGACACGAAAGGUGACGAGUCGUCCUUGCAUAUAAGGAGUGUGUGCCAAGCGAAGGCAGCAGCCAAGAAGAUCUUCACCAAUGUGGCUGCUCCAGGAUCCCAGCAUAUUUUCAUUGGGGACCUCAUCCGAUUCAUGGGUAAAGAAGAGGCUUUGAGGGCCAUGCAUCACUUCGGACCAGCUUCUGAGAAUGGAGGGAUAAGCAAAUCAUUGCUCACCGAGUGGCUGGUGAAUGCAUUCAGGGACAGGCAAGCCCUCGCGCUGUCCCUGAACGACACGAAAACAGCAGUGGACGAGCUCCAUAGCCUGCUGAACGUCAUCGUAGCAGUGAUCAUCGUAAUAAUCUGGCUCGUCAUGCUGGGAAUCCCCAUUGCCCACUUCCUCGUCCUCUUGAGCUCCCAGAUCCUCUUGGUAGGCUUUAUCUUCAGCAACUCCUGCAAGACCACGUUCGAGGCCAUCAUUUUCCUGUUCGUCAUGCAUCCCUUCGACGUUGGCGAUCUCUGCGAAGUUGAUGGCGUCCAGAUGAGAGUGGAGGAAAUGAACAUCUUGACUACAGUGUUCUUAAAGUCGGACUACCAGAAGAUCACGUUCCCAAACAGCCUUUUGUCGACCAAACCGAUCUCCAACUACUACCGCAGCCCCGAUAUGGCGGAGGCGAUCCACCUCUGCAUCCACAUCUCGACUCCACUGGAGAAAAUCUCCGCCAUGAACGACCGGCUAAAAGGGUACGUGGAGCGCCACAACCAGUUCUGGCACCCGACGGCGUCGGUCACCAUAAGAGAGGUGGAAGACAUGAACAAGCUGAAAAUACAAGCGCUGGUGAGGCACAGGAUGAACUUCCAGAACAUGGGGGACAGAUUCGCGAGGAGAAGCCAUCUCAUUCAGGAGCUCGUAAGAAUGUUUCACGAUUUGGAUGUCGAGUACCGGUUGCUCCCGCUCGAUGUUAACGUGCGAAAUCUCCCGGCUUCCAAUUGAUGAACGAGGUAAAAAUUGGUAAUAAGUAAAAAUAAAUAAAAGAAAAAUUAGUAAUAACUAAUAAGUGGUGGAAAAGGAAUUUUUAUUUUUCACCGCCGAGGUGGGGACCAGCAUCUAACCAUCGCAAUGAAGAAAGGGAUAAAGUGGAAGUUUGCAGCUUCUUCCUUCCAGCUCACACCUCUGUUUCCUCUUCCUCUCUAUUUAUCUAUCGUGUGGUUGAGAACCGAACAGAACACGAAGGCAAAGCUCUUCUUCCCACUCUGCCUUCUCUCUGCCGCCAAAUCUACAAUGGCAGCGGUUGCUCCGGUGAAGGUCUACGGCCCGCCGCUGUCGACGGCGGUGUCGAGGGUGCUGGCUUGCCUGAUAGAGAAGGACGUGGCGUUCCAGCUCGUCCCCGUCAGUAUGGCCAAAGGGGAGCACAAGAAGCCCGAUUUCCUCAAGCUCCAGCCUUUCGGCCAAGUCCCUGCCUUUCAAGACGACUCCAUUUCCCUCUUCGAGUCGAGAGCAAUCUGCCGGUACAUAUGUGAGAAGUACCCCGAUAAGGGGAACACGGCGCUCUACCCUGCGAACCCACUAGCCAAGGCCUCGGUCGACCAGUGGCUGGAGGCGGAGUCGCAGAGCUUCAACCCGCCAAGCGGGGUGCUCGUGUUCCAGCUGGCGUUCGCCCCGCGAAUGAAGAUCCCUCAGGACCCAAAAGCUAUCAAGCUGAACCAGGAUAAGCUGAAGAAAGUGCUGGAUGUGUAUGAGAAGAGGCUGUCAGAGAGCAAGUUCCUGGCCGGGGACGAGUUCUCGUUGGCCGAUCUCUCUCAUCUGCCGAAUGCGGAUUACUUGGUGGAUGUGGCCGGGAAAGGAGAGGUGUUUGGCUCGAGGGAGAAUGUCGGGAGGUGGUGGGAGGAGAUCUCCGGUAGGGAGGCUUGGAACAAGGUCAAGGAGUUGAGGAAGAGUGCUUGAGCUUGACUCUUGUUUUCCCCUUUCUUUAAAGAAAUAAUGAGUGCCCUUUCUUGAUUGUGAUAAUCCUUCAAAUGAAAAGUUAUGAAUUGAUAGACGAACCACGAUUUAAUAUUUUGUAAUCUUCCAUGUAUUUUGUUCAUUGUAAUGGGAGUGGGCAUAUAAAUUCAAUAUUUGAUAAAAGGAAUUAGUACCUGACGGAAAAAGGUUGAAGUUUUAGGAAAUGAAGACUCUCAACCUAACGAAAAGAGACAGUAGUAUCUCGUCUUUAUACACUUCAAGAAGAACUAUAACAGGAUUCAAUUCAACAAUCGCC